AUGUUUGAGAAUAAGGGGGAGACGAGUCCACCGGAUCGUGGGCGGGUCCCAGCAGCCCUUCAACCUCAGGCUUCAGAUCCUCUCGGACCACUCGCCCGAGUGCGUACCAGCUUCGUUACAGUUGAAAAGGGCGGUCGAGUGGGUCUGCAACGAGACAACAGUACAGAUUCCGGCAACUCACAAGCCCGUAAACUCAGCGGCGGGAGCGAGGGGGAAACCGUCCUUUCUCAGACAGAUGCAACCAGCACUACGGCCGGAGACAGUGUCGAUUCGCAAGCAAAGCCAGCAGUCGCCCUUUGGCGAGCAAACGUACAGACACCAGAUGAACCAAUGAAGCCCUUCCCUCUGAGGACACCUUCGCCAAAAGCAGCCAAAGACUCGCCAGCACCAGUAGUGGCGUCUGAUCCACCUCAGGCCUCAACUUCGGUAUCCGCUUUCGCUCCAGCUAUGAAAUCUCUUUCGAAUACGUCAAAGUAUGACGCGCCAAAGCUGUCCUCCGAGAAGACGGAAAGAGUGGCGAGUAGGGGCAAGUCCCCAGAGAAAAUUGCGGGCAAGGCAAGCGAACUGGCUUCUGUGAAGGCUACCUCGUCUGGCACCAGUUCUGCCGUCAAUGUUACAAAAUAUGCCGGUGCUUCUGCAAAGCAACCCACAGCGGCGACUCCCGCUUCUGCGAAGACCAAGACGGCCAGCAGCAGCAAAGGCAAGGAUGCGUCCAAGCCAGCGGCCACGACUGCCACGUCUCCCACCAAAGCCAAGGCCACCAAGAGUGUGCCCAAAAUCUCUACAGCGGCACACUCAAAGCCGGAAAAGAGGGCUGCGGCUGCGCCCUUGAAGACACCUACAAGUCCCUCCAAGUCGCUGGCACUCAAGCAUCACAAAACUCCUGAGAGAAAGACGCCGGCCCCGUCAGAGAAGACAACGCCAAAAUCUACGACCUCCUCAUCAAGCAGGUCUACAGCUUCGUCGUCCUCAAAGAAGCCCUCGGCUGUCCAUAAACUCUCUCCUAAUGGUUCGGCUUUUGUCAAGCCGAAACCGAGGUCGCCCACCCGCCCUGUGCAGCUUCCCGCUGGACUCGUGACACACACAGCAGCCUCGGCUACAAAGGCCAACGUGACUCGCCAGACUCAGUCAAGACAAGCCGGCAGUUAUGACAGCACUCAUCAGCCCUCGGCCAGGGCUUCCAGCAGAGCCAGCAUUGCAACUGUUGCCACAACGGCCACCAAGACAACACAGCGGGGCCUUCGGAGACAAAACUCGACCAUCAGUCGGUCUCGGCCCAGUCUCGGCCCCCCUCCGAAGCAGCCAGCUCGAGACCAUUCUGCACUCAAGAAGGAAAAAGAUGUUGAUGAGAGCUUUUUGGCCCGCAUGAUGAGACCAACUCAGUCUUCAGCCUCGAAGACUGCAGACAAGUCUGGCGCCCCCCAUACUUCGCCUCCCCGAAAGCAAUCGCCAGCUCCCGUUAAGCGGACUGCCCGCAGUGAGCAUAGUCCUGUCUCAAGGAGACCAGAAAGUGCUAUGCAUGCGAUGAGCCUUGCGUCGACGCCUCCACCCUCAACACCCACACCUGCAGAAUCUGUUUCGGUUACACCAAAAUCAACUGGAUCCAGAGCCACUUCUAGCGGGAAGGCGUCCCCUGUUGAAGAGACGUCGCCUAUUGAGAAGUCGUCUGUCACCGAGACUGUGAACACGGCAGAUGUACCCAAGGCUGUCGAACAAGCACAGCCGGAGGAAGCAAUUCGCGUGGCCACCCCAGAACCAGAAUUGGAGCCAUUUCCGGAGCUAGUUCUGGAAGAAGAGGCGGAGCCAGUAGCAGCUGAUGCAGUAGCCCAGGAACAAAUGACAAAAGUUGUGGGGCUGGCACAGCCCGAAUCGGAUGUCACCCCUGAAGUUAGCACUCCGGAGGAACAAGAAGGUAAAGGCGCCGAAGUAAUUGAGGUAACGGUAUGA